AUGAUUGCCUUUACAUGUGAUAAGUGUAGAUUAGUUGUUAGUCUGACGGAGAAGAUCUCAGUGUUAGAAGGGCGCAUUCGGGCGUUAGAACAGACUACUACUAGUGAGGGCUUAGAUUCAGCUGUAGCAGUCCCGAAUGCCAGCAGUUCAGGUAUAGAACCCCAGUCUCCGGCAUUAGAGCCCUCACAGCGGGGCGACUGGGUGACGUCUCGGCGACAUAGUCGUAGGGCAAAGCACCGACCAUCUCAGUUGCACGUGUCCAACAGGUUUUCCCCACUCAGUGACCCACCCACUGAGAAGCCUGUUAAUGUAAGUGCUCUGGUUAUAGGAGAUUCUCAGCUCCGACACGUGCGUAUUGCAACCCCCAUAGAGACACCAGCAACCAUAGUCACUUGUAUUCCGGGGGCCAGGGCGCCUGACAUCAGAGCAAAUCUAAAAGUGCUGGCUAAUGCUAAUCGUAGAUUUUCGAAGAUUGUUAUCCACGUCGGCACUAAUGAUGUUCGUUUACGUCAGUCUGAGGUUACUAAGAGUAAUGUUAAAGAGGUGUGUGAGUUAGCUAGGUCGAUGUCCGAGGCAGUAGUGUGCUCUGGCCCCUUACCGAUUCGACCCAGUGGCGAAACCUACAGCAGGUUGUUGUCGCUGAACCGCUGGAUGUCUAAAUGGUGCUCAGAAAACUGCAUUGAUUUUGUAGAUAACUGGUCCACCUUUGAGGGAAGGCCUGGUCUUUUGAAGCGGGAUGGUGUCCACCCCACGUGGGAGGGUGCUGCUCGCAUUUCUUGCAGCAUAGGUGACAGGCUUUACCACCGCCCUCACAGCUUAAAAAAUGAGCAGUUAACCCUUGUGCCGUCUUCACUUUUGGGACCCUCGGGUCACAUUGACUCGGGACCAGGGGCGGCUCGUUCCUUCGGGCGACGACCCACCGAUGGGCGAAAUGGAAGAAAUUUUUCUAUUGCAUUAAACCAGCGUUAA